AUGAAGAGCGGUGAUCAUGCAACCAUUGAUGUUCCAGAGUCCAGCACUGCAGCAAAAGGCGAAGCACCUCUCAUUGCUACUCCCAAGGAGCAAAAGAGCGGAUUGAAGAAAGGAAUGGGCAUUUUCGACUUUCUUCUGAGACUAGCAGCCAUAAUUGCAGCUCUAGCUGCUGCUGCCACCAUGGGAACCAGUGAUGAGACUCUUCCUUUCUUCACCCAAUUCUUCCAAUUCGAAGCUAGUUAUGAUGAUCUUCCCACAUUCAUGUUUUUUGUCAUUGCAAUGGCACUAGUUGCCGGCUACCUCGUCCUUUCACUCCCUUGCUCCAUAAUCACCAUCGUCCGCCCUCGUGCAGUUGCACCAAGACUCCUCCUUUUCAUUUUGGACAUUGUAGCACUGACUCUGGCCACGGCUGCAGCGGCGGCGGCAGCAGCCAUAGUCUAUUUGGCUCACACUGGCAACCCUAACACAAACUGGCUAGCCAUCUGCCAACAAUUUGGAGAUUUUUGCCAGAAAGUGAGCGGAGCUGUGGUGGCAUCUUUCGUGAAUGUUGUGGUCCUCAUGUUGUUGAUUUUACUAUCUGGUUUUGCUCUGAAAAAGCAAUAAAAAAAGGAUUGCUGAAGAUCAGAGCAAGCAUGAGACAUUGACAUUUCUUACAACUUGAUAAUUACGUGUCUUAAUUUCCUAUGUUUUUUUUUUCCCGUUAAGUGUGUUUAUAAUUGUUAAAAUUAUUACUGUUUUGCUGCCUCAGAAAAAUUAAGAUAACUUUGUAAUUCUGUUGUA